AUGUUUUUUAAUGACACUACAAGCUAAUAAUAAAUUGCACUUACUCCUGAUUCAAAAAUCACUGAAAGAGUGAAAAUUCCUUAAACACAAACGAAACAAUAGAUCAUUGAACAUCAUUAAGGCAUUAACAAAUUACUCGAUAAAAUGAAUGAAACCAUCGGCAGAAUAUUUAAAACCAAAGAGGAUGAAUUACGAGGCAAUAUCAAAUAACAAAUCGACGAAGCCUAAGCAUAAGUAAUAUAACUGACUAAUGAAACUACAGAAGAUUAAGUGCAACGGAAAUUGAAAGAGAAAAGAUAAGAAAUAGAAGAAGAAAGAUAAAAAAUAUUACAAUCAUCCAUGGAAUUCUCAAACAAAUGUAUUGAAUACAAGAACAGUCUCAGCAAAGUUAUGACUACAACCAAAGAUCUAAUCUCAGAAAUACAAUUUCUAGACACCUAGUUAAUGAGUGCCAAAAUUACAAAUUAGCAAUUAAAGAAACAAUUGGAUAACAUCUAAACCAAUACAGUCAAUCAAGAUUAUUUCAGUCAUGAAUCAACUUUCAGAUAACCAGAAAUACCAGGAAUGGAUAUCGAAGGAGUCAAUGAGCAAUAUCAAAAGGCAGAGUAAGAGCUAAUUAAAACCAAAAAGAUUUACGAGAACAUUGAAUAAGUCAAACAGGAUUCAGCAUUUGAAGAAAAUUAAAUUGAAAAAAUAUUCCUUGAAUGUGUUUAAAAAGUCAAGCAGCACAAACUUAAUACUGAAAUUCAAAAAGUUUAGUAGCUGAGUAAAAAUCCUAGACAAUUACUUAAACCUAUUCAAUCAUUAAAACAAUUUCACAAGCAAACAGAAGCAUUAAACCAACAAGACUUCAUAUUUUCAGACAUUGAAUUCAAUGACAUUCAUAAGAAAAUGAUUUUCGAUGAAUUUUUAUCAAGAAAUGAAAUCAAAGCCCUGAUUUACAAUUUGCUGUGA